AUGUUGCUCGGUCCUUCUGCUAAGGGACGCUCAGCUGUGUUUGUUGCUCUGCUCUUUCUGCUCGGCUGUGGACGUCACUCGCCCCUCUGCCCAGCUGUGGACUUCGCUAUGCCCUUUCUGAUCGGCUGCAUCGUAAAUCAUCGGCCCUUUCUGCUCGGCUGUGGACGUUGCUCGCCCUUUCUGCUCGGCCAUGGUCGACGCUCUGCGCCCUUCCACUCGGUCGUGGUCGCCCUUUCUGCCCGGCUUGGGUCAUCGCUCGACUCUUUCUGCUCGGCUGUGUCUGUUGCUCGGCUCUUUCUGAUCGGCUGUGGAAGACGCUCGGCCUUCUGCUUGGCUGUGGGCAUCACUUGCCUUGCUAUAAUUCAAAAUGCUUUUUUUUUUUUUAAUUUUAUUUUAAUAAUUUGUAUCAGUAGUCUAAAACAUUUGGCACUAUCUGAUCGUCUGUUAUCGUCAAUUGGCCCCUCUGCUCGGCCGUGGACAUCGCACUGCGCCUCGCUCGCCCUUCUGCUCGGCUGUGGACAUCGCUCGGCUGUGGAGGUUGCUCGGCUCUUUCUGAUUGGCUGUGGACGUUGUUUGGCCCUUCUGAGGACGGCACUCCACUACUUGCCUCACUGGACACGUGUCGCUCAGCUGUGGACGGCGCUCUGCGCCCUUCUGCUCGGCCCUGGUCGUCGCUCUGCGCCCCUGUGCUCAGCCUGUGAACGUCAUUUGGCCCUUUUGCUUGUCUGUGGACAUCGUUCUGCCUUUCUGCCAUUCUGCUCAGCUGUAGAUGUUGCUUGGGUCUUCACUCUGCGCCCUUUCUGCUCGGCCGUGGACGUCGCACUGCGCCCUUUCUGCUCGGCCGUGGACGUCGCACUGCGCCCUUUCUGCUCGGCCGUGGACGUCGCACUGCGCCCUUUCUGCUCGGCCGUGGACGUCGCACUGCGCCCUUUCUGCUCGGCCGUGGACGUCGCACUGCGCCCUUUCUGCUCGGCCGUGGACGUCGCACUGCGCCCUUUCUGCUAAAAUAUUAUGUAUAGAUAAUCCGAAAAAAAUUUUUGUAUAAAAAUUGUAGAAAGGUGCUUUCGAGGUCUCUCUGCCCUUACUGAUCGGCUGUGGACAUCGCUCUGCGCUUUUUUGUUUGGCUGUGGACGUCGCUCUGCGCUUUUUUGUUUGGCUGUGGACGUCGCUCGGCCCUUUCCGCUCGGCUGUGGACGUCGCUCGGCCCUUUCCGCUCGGCUGUGGACGUCGCUUUGCCUUUUUGCUAAAUAAUUGUGUAUAGAUAAUUUAAAGUGUUUUUUUUUGUUUGUUUGUUUUUUUUUGUAAAAAAUUUUUAAAAAAUUGUAGAAAUUUGUGUGUAUGGGUAGUGUAAACCAUCGGCCCUUUCUGCUUGGCUGUGAACGUCACUCAGCCCUUCUGCUCUGCUGUGGACAUUGCUCAGCCUUUCUGUUAAAAUAUCAUGUAUAGAUAAUUCUAAAAAAAAUUUUGUAUAAAAUUUGUAUUAAUUUCUUUGUAUAGGUAGUCUAAAACAUUGGCCCUUUCUUGAUCGUCUGUUAUCGUCAAUCGGCUCCUCUACUCUGUUGUGGGCAUCGCACUGCGCCCCUCUGCUCGGUUGUGGAUGUCACUCUGCCCUUUCUACGUGGCUGUGGACGUCGCUCGGCCCUUUCUGGUUGGCUGUGGACGUCGCUCGGCCCUUUCUGGUUGGCUGUGGACGUCGCUCGGCCCUUUCUGGUCGGCUGUGGACGUCGCUCGGCCCUUUCUGGUCGGCUGUGGACGUCGCUCGGCCCUUUCUGGUUGGCUGUGGACGUCGCUCGGCCCUUUCUGGUUGGCUGUGGACGUCGCUCUGCUCUUUCUGCUUGUUUGUGGAUGUCGCUCAGCUUUUUCUAAUCUCCUUUGGAUGUCACUCUGACUAUUUGCUUGGCUGUGGACGUCGCUCGGCCCUUCUGCUUGGCUGUGACUUUGCUAUGCCCUUUCUGAGCGGCUGUGAGCAUCACCCAGUCCUCUUCAUCUACAGAAAGCGCACCCCCACAGAGAAGAACUAUGCCAUAGUGGAAUGGUAAGCUCUUGCGAUAAAGUGGGCCAUCGAGGACCUGCGCUACUACCUGGCAGGGAGGCACUUCACCCUGGUGAGCGAUCACGCCCCCUCCCGUGGAUGGCAAAGGCGAAGGACACGUAUGCCCGGGUAGCUAAAUUUUUUCUCUCGUUGCGAGACUUCUCGUUUCAGGUCCAACACAGAGCCGACAGCCUACAUGGUAAUGCCUAUGGCCUCUCAUGGUGCUACGCUCUCUGGGGGCGACCACAACCAGACGGGGGCUCAGAGCUAAGGAGGGGGCCUGUGGCAUUUUCUUUUGCUCAUAUCUCUUGACUCUUUGCUAUUAUUCAGUGUUCUGCUUUCAAAGAUCUUACAGUAUAUAUAAUUAAAAUUGUUAUAAAUAGAACAUGCAUAGUUUAUAGAUAUUUAAACAUAUUGUAUAUUUGAAUAUUGUAAAAAAUGUUUGUAUAGAUACUGUAUAUUCGUAAGAUUUUGUUUAAAAAGUGUAAAAUGUGUGCAUAGUUAGUUUAAAAUAGUGCAUGUUUAUAAAAUGUAAAAUAUUGUGUAUAUCUAAGUGUAACUUUUUUUUGUAAAAUAUUGUACAAUAUUAUUUGUAUAGAAAGUGUAAAGAAAUUUGCAUAGAUAAUCUUAGGUCUUUAUUAAAAAUAGCAAAGCAUUGUGUGUAUAGGUAAUGUAUAAAUAGUAUGUAUAUAUAACUUGCUACAUUUCGUUAUGUAUAGAAAUGCACAGUAUAUAUCGUGUGUGUGUGUGUGUGUGUGUGUGUAUGUAUAUACACAAUUUUAGCUGUAGACAAUUGUAAAUGUAAACUAUGUAUUCUUUAAGCGUAAAAUGUAUGUAUAAAUGUCCAAAUAUUGUAAAAUUGUGAAUA